CCAGCAGCAUGACGAAGCCGAGGUCCGAUUGAAACUCCCCAAGAACCGACCAGAGAUCAUCUGCGAGAGUUCUUUAUUCAUUGUUUCCAGUCAUCUUGGGAUAUGAGCGCAACAGUGACGAGCUUGCCUACAAUUCAUCAUAUGUUCCUUGCCCCCGAUUGAGAACUCUCUAUCAAAGACUCGUUAGUAUACUGUCGCACUCGCAAACGAACCAUGGCGCCCACAGCUUCGAAGCCCAUCGUCAUUCCCCAGAAUGACAACGUCGCACAUGCCCUCGCUGGCGCGGGAGGCGGCGUCCUGUCUAUGAUCUUGACAUACCCUCUAAUCACGCUCUCGACACGAGCCCAAGUCGAAUCGAACCGCGCCGAGACCCCGUUCCUGACGGCCGUAAAACGCAUCAUCGCGCGCGAGGGCGUGUCGGGCCUGUACGCGGGGCUGGAGUCGGCCGUCUUCGGCAUCAGCGUCACCAACUUCGUGUACUACUACUGGUACGAGUGGACACGGGCGUUCUUCGAGGCGGCGGCCGUCAAGGCCGGGCGCGCCAGCAAGAAGCUGACCACGGUCGAGUCCAUGAUCGCCGGGGCACUCGCCGGGUCCGCGACCGUGAUCCUUACGAACCCGAUCUGGGUCGUCAACACGCGCGUGACGACGCGCAAGCAGGACAUCGAGGAGAAGGAGGGCGCGGGCGCGCCGGAGGCCAAGGGGAAGAAGAGCAGCCCCACGACCAUCGGGACGCUGCUGGCCUUGCUCCGGGACGAGGGGCCCCAGGCGCUGUUCCGCGGCGUGGUGCCCGCGCUCGUGCUCGUCAUCAACCCGAUCCUGCAGUACACUCUGUUCGAGCAGAUGAAGAACGUGGUGGAGCGGCGGCAGCGGCGCAACAUCACGCCCGGGGUCGCGUUCGUGCUCGGCGCGCUCGGCAAGCUCUUCGCCACCAGCAUCACCUACCCGUACAUCACGGUCAAGUCGCAGGCGCACGUCGCGGCGCACGGCGCCGACGGGAGGCGCGAGGGCAUGGGCCAGGCCAUCGCCCGCAUCGUCAAGGAGAGUGGGUACAAGGGCCUGUACAAGGGCAUCGCGCCCAAGGUCACCCAGAGUGUCCUGACGGCUGCUUUCCUCUUCGCCUUCAAGGAUGUGCUAUACGAGCAGACUGUCAAGCUCAGGACCAGCGUUGCAAAGAAGUCGAUCGCAUAACUUGAAGGCUUUCUGGCAGGUAUGUUGUGUAAACUACAUAUACUUCAAGCAGGGAGGCUCAAUGCACUGGAUCGGAAUGGCACAGUGACCCGAGAUGCAGCCCUUUGGCGCUGUGGCAAUAAGUAGAAGAAAAGGGGAAGAUGGCCCAUCGUUGGGACAUAGGAGUUAUGUAUGAUAUGCGAAUGCCAUAGACGUCUUUUGAUGUUAUCUGCUUUGGUUAAUUUAUACCCGAAUAUGAGG